UCUCUUAUACACACACAUACACAUACACUAAGAUUUUAGGAAUCCCAGGGGGAAAAAAAAGUUAUGCCUUUAAAUGACCAAAACAUUUUUAUAUAUUUUUUAUUAAAUUGAUUUGACAGCAAUGCUGACAUUCUCACAAGCACACAAACACUGCACGAUGAUUCAUCUGAUCAUCACAAUAUAGCAUUACAUCAAACCUAGAAAUACUUGAUGUGUCACAUUUGAAAUGAAUGUAAACAAGGCUUUCACAAGCAUCAAGUCAAGAUAGUUUCACAACAUGCUGAAUACUGAAAAACCUUGAGAUAAAAUAAAUAACUGAAGAUCAAACAGCAAUGGCUUGAGAAAGUGAGAAACGAACUGCAGAAUAAUGUUCUCGAAAACGUCUCAUAGAUCCCUGUGCCCACUAUAUCAAACUUCACUCUAAUAUAUUUGGAUAGUUACUAACAUACCAUUAAAGUUGCCAUGCUUUACUCGUUAGCUAACCAAAAGAAAGAUGUUCAGUCUGUGUAAAGGCUGGACAUGAGAAACAGUUUUACAAGCCUGCAAGAGUUAAAAGUACAUGUUCGGCAUGUGGAAACUUGUCACACAUCUUGACUGUUGUUGAAAGUCAUCGUCAAAAUCACGCAACUGUCGAUGCAGUGAGUCACGCGGUAAGUCCUGCAGACUCAAACAGCACAAUCUUCUGCACAGUUUUUAGUUUAAAAAAAGUUAAUUUCAGGCCAAUUUUGCUUGUAAGCUUAUUUAUGUCAUGCUUUGCUUAUAUUGUGUUUUUAAAAGUAUGACUGUAGUUGCAUUUCAGUCACAUUUCAUGUGACCAGACCACAUGAUCAUAGCAAUACCAUUUUGUUUCUUCUCAGUAGACUGUCAUCCAGACUAGAAUUAUAUUAGUUUUGUUGAUGGGUAAUGUUAUCCAGAGUAAUAUCAUUAAAUGGUCUCAUAAAUUGCUACUACAUAGGCUAAGUAGAUUACAUCUGCUUUUGUUUGCAUUAUUUAAUCAUUUCAAUCAAUUAAACAUUUUAACAUUAUAUAUAUUUAUGUUUUUAUGUAUAUAAUAUAAUGUUGUUGUUAUAAUCAGUUUUUUGGAACUAGACACAAAAAACUGUUUUACAAUCCUCAGUUAACCUGUGCAGAAGUAACAAUGGAUUCACAUUGUGUGGGUGAACUAGAUGGACUGACCUUCUAUCUGGCCAAACCAGAGGAUUACGAUGACGUGAUGGCCAUAUCACAAGACAUAUAUGGUGGCAAUGAUUACCUGCCUCAUCGCUAUCACUACUGGAUGACUGAGCCAGGAAGAGUGGUUAUUAUAGCACGAAGAGGAAAGAAGCUGGUGGCUCUGGAGUCAGGCCUGUUGGUUGAUGGAGGUGAAACUGUAAUAGCUGAGGGAUUAAGAGUGUGUCCAAAGGAAAGGGGCUGGGGUCUAUCUGGAGUGAUCCUGAGAUUUGUUGAUGGCUACAUAAAGAAGGUCUACCCUAAUGUGAAGACCAAGCGCCUUACCAGAGGAGAUGACCCAGGGCCCGAAAAACUGCGCAAGUUCACACUUCUGGCCAGACGAUCCGUUCUCUCUCUACUGGGGGAUUCUGAAGGUUUUAAUAGCUUUGUCUCAGGUCUUCAGGAAAAACUGGUUGUGUCAGAUGAGACCAACAGCAGCCGUCCUUUAGUGCCAGUAAAGGACUUGGAUGCUCUUAAGGCCUUUCUGUUUGAUUCAGAUUUGUCAUCUAGACUUCAGCUUCCAGGGGGCGCUAUCAUCCAGGACUGGCCCUUGAAACUCAUGGAGAGUAACCUUCACAUCUUGGCAAGGCGAAACCUGACAUGGUUUGUAGAUGGUUCCGGUGGGAAACCCCUGUUCAUGAGCUUCCACACACCUCCAUAUCCUAUUCCGUAUAACGGAGGGUCUCUACGCUUUAAUAUUGAUCUGUAUGGGACGGAGAUGACUUUAGCAAAGAAGGCACUAACAACACACCUGAACAGUGUGAAAAGUGAGAUUCAAGGCUUAGUGUUCGUUCAUAUUUAUAUGCAUCAGACUCUAUGGAAAGAUAUAAAGCAGUUUUGUGAGGGCCAUGACACCAUGAAGCAGUUAGAGAAUUUCUGGGAGCAGCUGUUUUUGGAAAAAGAGCUAUAAUGACAUCUAAAGAGGAUGGAGAGAAGAGUGAUAAAGAAAGAAUUUUUGGUGACAAAAAUCCUGUAAAAAAAAAAAAAAAAAGCGAUGAUUGAUCAUGAAAAUAAUAAUUGGUGGUCACACUAAUAAUAGAGCAACCACUUUUGGUUCCCUGUAGAACCAUAUUGUGAAAGGUUCUUUAAAGAAGCUGUGUUUUUCUUGGUGCCAUAAAGCACCUUUUCUGGUACUACAAAGAACCCUUUUUAAGGGUUCUUCAAAGAACCACUGAUGAAUAGGUUCUUUAUGGCCCCAUUUCUUCCAGAUCAAUAUCCUUACAUUUUUCAUACUAUACAUUUUCUUUAAUAGGAUUGUUCAUAAAAUAAUAGUAAUAAUAAAAAAAAUCCAGAAGUAACAAGACGUGACAAGAUGUACGAUUAAAAUGUUUAUUGUAUUUACAGUAUACAUCAAUGCAGUAUACAUCAUACCUCAAUACUGUGUAUAUGUGUUUAAUAGGGAUGUGCACAAGUACUCAGACUUGACAGCAAUGAUUGAUAAUUUUCAGUCACUGCAAUCAUUGGUUUCAUGAUCAAUCAUCGCUGUCAAGUCUGAUUACUCAAUGAUAAGCCGACUUUAUAUAUUUCUCUUUUUCUGAUCGGUAAUGGCAGCAUUUUGGGUGGUACCUGAGCUCUGACUACAGUCAUGGCCAAAAAUAUCAGCACCCUUGGUAA